AUGAUUAUCGGAUCAUUGAACAUUAGAGGGGGCUGUAGCGUUCUGAAGCGCGGAAGGAUUAGCAACAUCAUUAAGAAAGGUCUUGCCGACAUUUUUCUUAUACAGGAAACGAAGGUUGUGGACAUGAAGGAUGAUAUUGCUAAAAGUUUUUGGAAGAAUGAAGAUGUUGCCUACUCUUUCAGCAAUUCUUCUGGUAUGUCUGGAGGUAUUAUUACUCUCUGGAAAAAUGAUACGGUGUCGGUGUUGAACAGCUUUUCCGGGGCUGGUUUUUUAGGCAUUAAGGUUUUAUGGAAGAAUGAAUUGUACUACGUGAUUAAUGUCUAUUCUUCUUGCGAUGUUCACAAGAAAAAACUCUUAUGGGAGGCUUUGGUGAAUCUGAAAGGGAAAUUUACGGAUGGAGAGUGGAUCGUCGGAGGAGAUUUCAACUCUAUAAAGCACAGUAGAGAAAGGAAAGGGAGAUCCUCUUCGGGUAACGUAUCCGAGUGGAAUGCUUUUGCGGACUUUAUUGAUGAUUGCAAUUUGGUUGAUGUUCCUUGCAAAGGCAAAAGAUUCUCUUGGUAUAGUGGAGAUGGGCAAUCGAUGAGUAGAUUAGACCGGUUCCUUGUUGAUAAUUCCAUUGUUAACAAGUGGGGAAUAGAUAAGGAAGAUUGGGGGCCGAAACCGUUCAAAGUCAACAACGAGUGGUUUACCUUCAAGUCGUUCAUUCCCUUUGUUGACAAAUCUUGGAAGGAAGCGGUUGUGGAAGGUAGAAGCGAUUUUGUUUUAAAGGAGAAGCUUCGGUUACUUAAAGAUAGACUAAGAUGGUGGAAUAGAGAGGUUUUUGGGAGGAUCGAUUUGGAGGUAGAAGAGGAAGUGGUGAAUAUAAACAACAAAUAUUCUAUUUUAGAGGAGGAUGAUGCGGGGGAUAUGAUGGAUAUUGUGAAAGGUAGGAAAGAGGCUUCUAGCCGGUUUUGGUUGAACUUGAGAAUUAAAGAGAACAUGCUUCUCCAAAAAUCGAGGUUGGCGUGGCUUAAUGAGGGGGAUUCAAAUAAUGGUUACUUUCACAAGGCUAUGAAAGAAAGGAGAAGGCACAAUCACAUAGGACCCAUUAACUCUUCGAGGGGUAUGCUUGAUUCCGUUCACGAGGUCAAGGAGGAGGUUUUUGUUCAUUUUGCGAACAAAUUUAGGGAGACGGAUAGGAAUAGACCCCUCUUGGAAGGAAUGCAUUUCAAAAGUAUUAGCUUGGAGAAGAGAGCUUUCCUUGAGAUUCCUUUUGAAGAAAUCGAGAUCAAGGAGGCGAUAUGGGGUUGUGGUGGAUCUAAAAGUCCGGGUCCGGACGGUUUUUCGUUUCUUUUCAUCAAGAAAUGUUGGCACAUCAUUAAGGACGAGUUCAUAAACUUCUUCAAGGGCUUUCACUCCGGGAGUGAUAUGUCCAAGGCGGUGACUUCUUCUUUUUUGUCUUUGAUUCCCUAA